AUGGCGAUGAACAGGGCUGAUUUUGAGAUAGACGAAGAGGGUGACUUCUCAGACAGUCAAGAACCAGAACCAUACCUAUUUGAACCAGAGUUUACAGAAGACGAGCUGCGUGCUUUGGAAAUAGAACGACAGGAGGAGGAGGUUGCGAUCGCUCAACAGCCUGAGGACGUGAGGAUGAGAGCCAACAUGAACUGGUGGUGUGAAUGUGGGGGAAUAUGCCAAUCUAUGCCGAUGGAAAUAGAGUGUCUGUGCUGUAGAGAGUGGGACAUGUUUUUGCCAUUGAUGACCAGGCUCAACACGUCAGAUCAAGAUGAGCGUGCCCGAAGUUGUGUCACAUCUACAGAGGAUUUCACGGCGCUGAUCCAUUCUGCAGUACUCGAUUUUUUUUUCCGCUGUGACAAAGUGAACUGGAAAAAACGCCCCACGCCGAAUGGACCAAAUGGACAGCUGUCCACAGAGCAAUAUAGGUUGGUGGCUUAUCGUGUUGUGCUGGAGUGGGCCUUGAAGGGAGAGACAUUGGGCAGAGGAAAUCGAACACCAUUGCCAUCAUGUGUGGUCGUUGCUAUUCGUAAAAAAUAUCCAUCAGAGUCUGGUAUAUAUAUUGGCUUUCAAGAGGCACAGGAGGCAAUAAAUAUGCUGUAACUGAUUUCAUGAAUGAAGUCUUUGCAA